AUAUCCGAAUGUAAACAGCGUGUCUUAAGAGAAAAUAACGAUGCAUUUAUAAUUUCAAGAUAUACUAUAGCUCCGAAACCAUUAGAAUAAAUUUUAAGAAUGAAUGUUGACUCUUCAAAACUGUGUGAAUCCUCAAACUCAUGUAACGAUGACAUAUGUAGGGAUUAUCUUCGAAAUGUGUGUAGAAGAGGUUCGAAAUGCAAAUUUCGACAUUUGAAUGGAAUAGACAAUGAAGCAGGGAAAAUGGACGGAAGAGAAGUGCAAUUUUGUCAUGAUUUUCAGAAUAUAGGAAUCUGUCGAAGAAGCUCGUGUAGGUUUUUGCACUGUUCGAGAGAAGAGGAGGAAAAAUUUAAGAUUACAGGGAAAUUGCCUGCACACAUCAACUCUCCCCCCGGCUCUCCUCCAAUUUGCAAAGAUUAUCUAAAGGGAGAGUGUCAUAGAGCAUCCAGAUGUAAAUUCCGUCAUUUAACAGUCAAUGAAUAUGAAUCAGAAAUAAAUAAAAAUCAGUCUUUGAUUGCCUUGGACUUUUUAGAAGAUGAUUUGCAAGCAGCAAAGAGACGUCGACUCGAAGUAGAUGCCGAGUGGCGAGCAAGCUUAGAAGAAGAAAAUAUGCUUUUGCGUCGUAGAGUAUCAGAAUUAAAAAAACAAGUGUCAGAUUUAACGGCCGUGAAUGAUCUUCUGCUGGAUCAAAAUGCUCGCUAUAGAACUGCUCAAGCUGGUUUGGCAAAUACCAUGAAAGCUCAACCACCAACCGUACAAACUUGCAUACAGACUGUAGUAUCUCCAACGAGGGCCCUAGCUCCACCUGUUGUUAGUGUAAGUCAAGUAUUGACCCCAACAGUUACUCCAGCUCCUGCCAUCCUAAGAGCUGCAGCUGCUCAGCCAACGCUUGUUCAAACAGCGCCUCCAGCAGCACCACCUCCUUUAAGUCACGCAACAGUUUUACCACCAAGGCCUCCUCUUGAAGCGCCACCUCCUGCUAUAGCAGGACCACCUGGACCCUCUAUAAGCACAUCUUUGAGUACACCAUUACUAUCAUAUCCUAUCAUGUCGCAUAGUGUUGUUCCUAAUUCCAACUUGGGUUAA